AUGGGGAUAAAAGACUAUCUCAUGCAAUGUAAUGAAUAUUUAAGCAACUUUUGGGGUAUCAAUAAUGAAAAGAAUGAAAUCGGGUUCAGAAUGGAUCCAUCUACCAGUACGAUGCAAGGAGAGAAGAGCGCAUCUCCUACAAGAAAUAACUCUACUUUGUCCCCUAAUGAAAAACAAAACUGUAGUAAUGCCAUGCCAACGUAUUUUUCAUUUAUGCCCACACUUGGUGAUUUCAAAGGGUUUCCUUUAGAAAUAUUUGAAUUCAUGUUGGGCUAUCUUUCAGUGAAAGAUAUCAGUAUGAUGAGCAUGGUUUCAAAGAUUAUCAGAGAUCGUAUUAUUAAUUACAUCUCAACUCCUUCUGGAAAUAGGAAAUUUUUUCCACAGGAUUUCCAUAACCAAGACCAAUCUGACUCUGCAAAGUCCUCCAUUCUGCAACACUACAGUUCAUUAGGCUUAUUAUUUAAAAGGUGCACUUUACUGCUCCCUACAAAAGAGAGACUGAAGUACAUAUAUAAAAGGUUUUUAGAAAUUCCCUGUUUCCAAUUCUAUGGCUGUGCGGAUCCUUUGCAUUGUUUGGGAUUACAAUGUUAUGGAGUAUUUUUACAGACCGUAACAGCUGGUUGGGAUGAAGAUGAAUGUGAACGAGUUUUCAAUUUUCUUUGUGAUGUCACCAGUUUACCUCAGAGAAUUCAGAGAGUUGUCAGCAGCAAGCCUGGACGUUUCCGUAAAUUGGAAUUGAGAAUAAGGACAUUUUGCCGUGGUGUACUUCUAAAACAUUGGAUUCUUCAGAGUGAUUCAGUAUUUUGGCUGACCUGUAUUUUAAAGCCAUGGCCAUCAGUAAUUCAAGCUCGUCUGCUGUAUCUAAUGUUUGGGCCUGCAUCUACAGAGGAUGGAAAUGUUGAUUGGCGGAAUAUGAUUCAAGGCCCAACAGAUGAAAACAAUUUGAAAGAGCUGGCAGAUGCUGUUAAACUAUUAUAUGACACAGAAAAAGAUGAAUGGCUGGCGAAUGAUAUUGUCAGUCUGGUAGAUGAGCUUGCAGUAAUCCCUCAGGAAUGGCAUCUUGAAAACAGCGCUCGUUUUCUUAUUUUGUGCGGAAACAACAUCUGCUUCCCAUUUAUGGCUAGUAAAGCUGUGGAUGGUCGAGCUAUUGAAUUGGCAAGGCUGGUGGUAUUCCUGGCAUUGGUAUGCGAGAAGGACCUCUAUUGCAUGGGCUGGUCUGUAAAAAUGAUGCAGAAAGUCUGUAAUGUCUUCAGUUCUACAACCGAAAAGAAUGUUUUUUUGCAGAGUAUAGAGAAUGCCUUUGCACAAAUGAUCAUGGAUGCUCUGCAGUUGGUGAUAUCUGGAGAACAUGAUGAAGAAGAGACGAGCUUUUUAAAUCUUUUUCAUCUGGUCAACGCACAAGCAAAUUUUCAUAAAGAAAUUCUUUAUUUAACCAUGAAUUACGAGGAGUAA